CUGCGCUUGCGUGUUUCAUGGUUUCCUGAGUAGUUGGCGGCAGCGGCCAUUUUGUGAAUCUCUGGGUUCCCCUCCCCCGUGUCGCUUUGGCUCCUAGUUUUUCCUCUGUUAGGUUUUGUACGGAACGGGGCAUUUCGGGCCUCUCCCCGUUUUCCGCCCCGUGUCGGGCCCUCCCUGUACUUUCUCGCUGUGUGCGGUGGCCUGGGUCCGUCUGGGAGCGGCCCUCCUCCACCGCCAUGGAAGACGACGGGCAGCCCAAGACACUAUUUUAUACUGUUCAUAAUACUGUAAGCCACGUUUGAUCCUUUUAAGGAGAAAAGCGGGGUUUCUAUACUAUGCCUGUCAGUGCAACAUAAGUGAUGUCUCAUGAAUUAGGGAGACAGCCUAUAGAGCUAUGUAGGAAAUCUUUCCAGAGAUGUGACUGAAGUACUUAUACUUCAGUUAUUCAGUCAAAUUGGACCCUGCAAAAGCUGUAAAAUGAUAACAGAGCAACCCGAUAGCAGAAGGGUCAACUCUUCUGUUGGAUUUUCUGUUUUGCAGCAUACAAGCAAUGACCCUUAUUGCUUUGUGGAAUUUUAUGAACACAGGGAUGCAGCUGCUGCGCUAGCUGCUAUGAAUGGGAGAAAAAUUUUGGGAAAGGAAGUAAAGGUUAACUGGGCAACAACACCAAGUAGCCAGAAAAAAGAUACAUCAAAUCAUUUCCAUGUAUUUGUGGGAGAUUUAAGUCCAGAAAUAACAACAGAGGACAUCAAGUCAGCAUUUGCUCCUUUUGGUAAAAUAUCGGAUGCACGGGUAGUUAAAGAUAUGGCAACAGGAAAAUCAAAAGGAUAUGGCUUUGUAUCGUUUUAUAAUAAACUGGAUGCAGAGAAUGCAAUUGUGCAUAUGGGAGGCCAAUGGUUAGGAGGUCGUCAGAUCAGAACUAAUUGGGCUACACGAAAGCCACCUGCCCCUAAAAGUACACAAGAAAACAGCACGAAACAGCUGAGGUUUGAAGAUGUAGUAAAUCAAUCAAGUCCCAAAAACUGUACAGUCUAUUGUGGUGGAAUUGCAUCUGGAUUAACAGAUCAGUUGAUGAGACAGACGUUUUCCCCUUUUGGACAAAUUUUGGAAACCAGAGCAUUUCCAGGAAAAGGCUAUUCAUUUGUGAGGUUUGCAACGCAUGAAAGUGCAGCGCAUGCUAUUGUUUCCGUCAACGGUACUACAAUUGAAGGACAUGUUGUAAAAUGCUAUUGGGGAAAAGAGUCUCCAGAUCUGACUAAAAACUUCCAGCAGGUAGAUUACAGUCAGUGGGGACAGUGGAGCCAAGUGUAUGGGAGUCCUCAGCAGUAUGGGCAAUAUAUGACCAAUGGAUGGCAGGUGCCAUCUUAUGGAAUGUAUGGGCAAGCAUGGAAUCAACAGGGAUUUGGUGUAGAUCAAGCACCAUCAGCAGCCUGGAUGAGUGGAUUUGGGGCUCAGCCUGCCCAGGGACAAGCGGCUCCUGUAAUACCUAAUCAGGCUGGAUAUGGUAUGGCAAGUUACCAAACACAGUGAGCUGGGACUCUGUUUAGAAGUGUGAUUUCAAGAUAGAUUUCAAUUUCCAGUGGUUGUUCUGAAGACUGGAAUAUAGACAUUGGGGACUGGGUGGGAAGAAUAUUUAUUUUGAAAAUUGAAAAGUGUUUGGAACCUUUAGCACAGCAUUUGCUUUGGUGAAGGACACAAAAUGUCUUCUAGUUACGCCUUUUUAAGUUUGUGUUCAUGAUGGAGAUGAACAUGUUUUGUUUAUGUACAAAAUUGAAAAUAAAGUCAAUAAAGACAAUUCUGACUUAAA